AAAAGAAAAGAAUAAACUAUUUAGGCAGUGCUGUCCGAUUUCGUCUAGUUUUGUUUUCUGUCCGCUGCAAAAUUAUAGAGCCGCACAUACUUACAUCUAGAUACACAACUAAGCUGAAUAAUGGAAACUCUAACCACCACCACCACCACCACCGGCGCCGUAUCUCUGCCGCUGUUCUCCCCCUUCAAACCCAAACGACUAACUUUCCGUCGGCUCCUCCGAUACUCAAUUUCCCCCAAUAAUGGCAAUAAUAGCAACGGAAAAAUUAACAGCGAAAGCGAUCUCAAUUCUGAUUCCGCCCUAGUCCCCAUUUUAAGAAAUGGAACUCUCUCGAAGGAUGAUGCGAUGGGGUUGGUGCUUAGUGCCGCAAACGUGGGUGGGUGGACAACCGGGUCGGGUAUGGAAGGCCCGCCUGUUCCCGCCGGUGCAGAUUCAAAUUCCGUGACGGAGCGUGUAUCCACUUUCCCCUGGUCGCUUUUCACUAAAUCCCCUCGGCGUCGGAUGCGCGUGGCCUUCACGUGCAACGUCUGCGGCCAGCGCACCACUCGCGCUAUCAAUCCGCAUGCUUACACUGACGGCACCGUAUUCGUUCAGUGUUGUGGUUGCAAUGUGUUUCAUAAGCUGGUGGACCAUUUGAAUCUAUUCCAUGAGAUGAAGUGCUACGUGAAUUCGAGUUUCAAUCCAAAUCCAAAUGAUAAUAUGAACAUCAAAUACUUGGACAUGGAUGAGGACAACAAUGACAAUAUCUUUCCGCCUUUCUGAGAGGUCAGAAAUGCAAGUGGCACACAUUCAUUUGUAUGGCUGUACAUAUUGAUUUACGGAGUGGGCUUUAACUUUAUUGUCUAUGUAAAUAGGGAUGUUACUGUUGUUAAUAUUUGAAUAAGUUAGUAUAAAUUGGAUAGAUCUGUAAUGGCAUAAUCUGUACAUUUAUGAUAUGAUGGCCGAUCAUAUCUGAACCAAAUUAUAAUUAGAUAGUUUGCUCUUGUCUGGUGAUUAUGUAUGUUUCUUAAUGUAGAGCAGCAUUUUCUUCUA